UAUGUGAACUAAGUAAUUUUUUUGGUAUAAGUAUCGAUUGUUGCCAUUGGAAUUUCCAAGUCAACAAUCUUGUUGAUCUACUCGAAUUUCUGAACCCUUCAACACUUCUUUCCAAGAUACCUCUAUCUACUAACUUUCAUUAUACUAAAAAUGGCUUCAAACCAACCCGCACAAUGUUGCACUCGAGGUAUCAAGCACGAGUAAGUUUUUAUUCUUCCGAAGAGCGCUACGUGGGGGUUAUGUAUGGGGGUAUGUAGCUGAUGGUACUGUUAUUUUAGAGGUACACCAGCGGGAUCUUCAAUCAAAAUUGCUGAUACUAUUGAUGCAUACAUUGCUGAGCCUAAAGAAAAGGUUCACAAAGAUACUGCUAUUCUUUACCUUCCAGAUGUUAUUGGCAUCUGUAAGUGCUUCUACUUCGUCUCCGCCGAGAAUCAAGAUAAUCGCCAGUAACUAAUCUCCCAAUCAGGGCAAAACUCUCAAUUGAUGGCCGACCAAUUCGCUGCCAAUGGCUACUAUACCGUCAUCCCAGACAUGUUCAACGGCGACCCAAUCCCUCUUAACCGUCCCGACAGUUUUGACUUCAUGCAAUGGAUAAAUAAGGGUUCUGAUGGGAAUAACCCACAUACAUACGCAUAUAUCGAUCCUGUCAUUGAGAAAUCCAUUGAAUUUCUGAAGUCCAAGGGAUACACUAAAAUCGGAGCUGCGGGAUACUGCUUUGGUGCUAAAUAUGUUGUUAGAUUUUUGGCUGAGGGCAAGGGUGUUGAUGUUGGAUAUGUUGCUCAUCCUUCGUGAGUUCUGUCUUUCUACGCCCUCAUUAGAAAACACUCAAAGCGAAAACUUAAAUACCACAACUAACACGUCCAAGUUUCGUCGAAGAACAAGAACUCAGCGCAAUAAAAGGGCCCCUUUCCAUUGCAGCCGCCGAAACGGAUGAAAUUUUCCCACCUGAGAACCGCCACAAGACAGAAGAAAUUCUCAACGAAAUGGGGGCUAAGUAUCAAAUGAACCUUUACGGUGGUACUUCGCAUGGUUUCGCGCUCAGAGGUGAUAUGAGUAAGGCGGUUGUGAAGUUUGCUAAGGAACAGGCUUUUUUGCAGGCCGUUGCUUGGUUUGAUGAAUAUUUGCUUUAAAAAUAAGGUUGCGGAACGAGGUGGAACGAGGUGGAACGAGGAGCUCGAGGGGGGGAAGGGAAGGUGGAGGGAAAGAAAGGCGAUGAAGUAUGUAUAGUAGGUGGGUGUAAAAAAUAGUUGUGUGCGAGCAGAUGAAGAAAGCCGGCAAUUUAGACAUGUGAAUAGAGUCAAUAGACAUAAAUAAAGUUCAAAGCUUCAAAGCCAGGACAUGAGAUGGAAGUGAAGUUCAU